UAGCAAUAAGCCAAUAAGUACCAGUACAGAGAAACACCCCCUAUGUAUUGACAAUAAUGCUUUCACGAACUUAAAUGAUUUUGUAUUUAAAACAAAAGCAAAAAAUUGAAUGAAAAUUGUGAAAUAUUUUUUGUAAUUUUUUAGAAUCAUAUAUAGGACCGCUAAUGUUUUUUGCAUUGACAAUCUUUUUUGAAAUAAUACAGAGGAGAAUAAUGACUAUUUUUAGUGUAUUGUAAAGUUUAUAUAUCGAGCAAGUUUUUCUCUCUAACCAUGGGGAAGAGGGGGCGACCGCCAAAAAACGACGGAAAAGCACAGAAUGAAAGUAACGCCGACGACAUCUACACGGAAAAAUGGGAAGAAAAGGUAGCAUAUCAAACAAGUCCAAACGGAGAAGAUGAUGAAGGAAAGAACGAAGUUGAGGAAACCCUAAUGCUUGAAUCAACGACGACUAAAGUACCGGAAAUGGAAAAGGCAAAAAGUUAUGCAGAUGUAGUUGGUAUCCAGGAAGACCUCAAAUUGGAUCUGAAAUUUAUUCCAGCAGAAAUCAUCGAAGGAAAUCCAGUUGCGAAAUUAACAAUGGAGGAUGUUAUUGAACCAGGUAUUUACUGGGAAUCUGCUCUUGUGUAUUGCGUCCUAGGUGCAAAUCCCCCAUUGGAAGUGAUUAAAGGCUUUUUACAUCGUAUAUGGAAAUCGUAUGAUAUUGAUGAUAUAUCCUUCUUGAAAGAGAGCCAGUUUAUUGUGAGAUUAAAGAGGGUUGAGGAUAGGAAUGAGAUUAUUAAAAGGAAAUACUAUUUUAUGGACAACAAACCUGUGUAUGUCCAAGAAUGGUACCCUGGAUGUAAGGUUAACAUUAUGGAACGGAAGGAUAUUCCUAUAUGGGUACAAUUUCCUGAUCUUGAGAUGAAGUAUUGGAGCCUCACUGGACUUAGUAGGCUGGGCAGCACUAUAGGACAACCUGUCAGGAGGGAUGGAGCAACUGCAUCUAGGAAGAAAUGGGCAUAUGCUAGAAUCCAAGUAGAGGUGCAAAUCAAUCAGAAAUUCCCUGACCAAAUCAAUUUCAUAAAUGAAGAUGGAAGGGUCAUAACACAGAAUGUGAUCUAUGAAUGGACCCCAACCAUAUGCUCCCACUAUAAUAGAAUUGGGCAUGUUAUGGAGAAAUGCAGGAAGAAAUCUGAAACAAAGGGAGAGCAUAUCAAUAGGAGGAAAAUGGCAUGGAGGCCCAAAGUCAUCCCACAAAAAAAUGAUGCAAUACAUGAGGAAGAACCAAUCUCAGAGGAGGAAAAUAAAAAAGCAGAUCAUGAUUCAACACCUAUUAAUAAGGAGACCAAAAAUACAGAAGAACUGGAGAAUAAUGAAGGAUUUACUGAAGUUCAUAAAAAGAAGGCUGCAAGGAGAGUGUCAUUGGAGGGGGAUAGUCAGAUUUCAAUGGGAUGCUACACAGAGAUCUCAGCCUAGCUCCAUAUGAGGGGCAUUACCCCUUUUUAUUAUGAUAGGAUGCUGGAAUAUAAGAGGCUUAAACAGCCUCAAUAAACAACAGGAAGUAAGUAACUUCAUUAAUAAGUAUAAACUUUCUAUUAUUGGAAUUUUGGAAACCAAAGUUAAGGAUGCUAAUGUGAGUACAAUUGAAGGGAGAAUUAUAAAAGGGUGGAGCUCCAUUAUUAAUAAUAAUGUUCACCCACUGGGGAGAAUCUGGCUAUUAUGGGAUCAGAAUAAAAUAAGGAUGAGGAU